AUGAGCCCAACUACCAACGACAACAUCAAGGCGGAUCCUAUCGUCUUUCGCGAUGCCAACUUCAACAUCUUCAAGGUGCGCGUCCAAGCCAAGCUGCGCAGCAAGAACCUAUGUACGAUUGUCAACGACAUAGCGAGAGAUCUUUCGCCUACGGAAGUUGCUUCUUUGG